AUAUGGCGGGCUGCACGUGAAGCUGGCGGCGCUCCGGGCGCGCGAGCUCCGGCCCGCGUGGGCCCCGCCUCGCCCGCACUCGGGCCCCUUAGCCGCCGCGCUCCGGGCGCGCGCUCCGCUACGCGGCGGGAGAUUCAAACGGCUGGUGCGCGGGGGCCGGGCGCGCGCGGCCGCGGUGAGCUCGGGGAGCCGCCGGUGGGGAGGGAGCGGCAGCGUUCGCAGACCAUCGCCUGCCCUUAACCCCCAUCAACCCGGUGUCACCCGGUCGUUGGCUGCCUGAUGUUUCCGUGCCUCUGGGGAACAAUGGUGACAAAGGCGGGCCUCCGUGCCCUUUGCGGGGCGCAGGGGCUCCCUGGCGAGACUUCCAUGGGUCCACAGUUAGGGUCUUCUGAGAUCAGCAAAGUAUGUCCGUGGAACUUGGGCGUCGCUGCUGCCAAGUCUUUGGUUCUUCAGAAAUUAAGUCCUCCGACCACGUGUGCCGAGGCACAAGCUGAGGGUAUGAAACAGACCGGGAACUCCGAAGCGGAAGCCGGAACCGGGCUGUGGAGGGUUGGGGAUAGCGUUCCAGGCCUCUCUUAACCUUUCCUGCCCUGGAACUCACUGUGUAGACUAGGCUGGCUAGUCUUCGGAGGUUAAAGGACAGGAAGAUGCCACCCAAGCGCAUAGCUAAGAGAAGGUCACCCCCAGAAGAUGCUAUCCCCAAAAGCAAGAAGGUGAAAGUCUCACACAGGUCCCACAACACAGAACCAGGCUUGGUGCUGACAUUGGGCCAGGGCGACGUGGGCCAGCUGGGGCUGGGUGAGAGUGUGCUGGAGAGGAAGAAGCCGGCCUUGGUACCCCUUCUACAGGAUGUUGUGCAGGCCGAGGCCGGGGGCAUGCACACUGUGUGUCUGAGCCAAAGUGGCCAGGUCUACUCCUUUGGCUGCAAUGACGAGGGUGCCCUGGGAAGGGACACCUCAGUCGAGGGCUCCGAGAUGGUCCCCGGGAAAGUGGAACUACAAGAGAAAGUGGUGCAAGUGUCAGCGGGAGACAGUCACACAGCAGCUCUCACUGAAGACGGCCGAGUCUUCCUCUGGGGCUCUUUCCGGGACAAUAAUGGUGUGAUCGGGUUGUUGGAGCCCAUGAAGAAGAGCAUGGUGCCUGUGCAGGUGCAGCUGGACACGCAGGUGGUAAAGGUAGCCUCGGGGAACGACCACUUGGUGAUGCUCACAACUGAUGGAGAUCUCUACACCUUGGGCUGUGGGGAGCAAGGUCAGCUGGGCCGUGUGCCUGAGUUAUUUGCCAACCGAGGUGGCCGUCAGGGCCUUGAGCGACUCCUAGUCCCCAGGUGUGUGCUGCUGAAGUCCCGGGGAACGCGGGGCCGCGUGCGGUUCCAGGAUGCCUUCUGUGGCGCCUAUUUCACCUUCGCCAUCUCCCGUGAGGGCCAUGUGUAUGGCUUUGGCCUCUCCAACUAUCACCAGCUCGGAACUCCAGGCACUGGGUCUUGCUUCAUUCCUCAAAACUUGACAUCCUUCAAGAAUUCCACCAAGUCCUGGGUGGGCUUCUCUGGUGGCCAGCAUCAUACAGUCUGCAUGGAUUCAGAAGGAAAAGCAUACAGCCUGGGCCGGGCUGAGUACGGGCGGCUGGGCCUUGGGGAGGGUGCUGAGGAGAAGAGCAUACCCACCCUCAUUUCCCGGCUACCGGUGGUCUCCUCAGUGGCCUGUGGGGCUUCAGUGGGGUACGCUGUGUCCAAGGAUGGUCGUGUUUUUGCCUGGGGCAUGGGCACCAACUACCAACUGGGCACCGGGCAGGAGGACGAUGCCUGGAGCCCGGUGGAGAUGACUGGCAAACAGCUGGAGAACCGUGAGGUGUUAACGGUGUCCAGUGGGGGCCAGCACACAGUCUUACUAGUUAAGGACAAGACCCAAAGCUGAUGACAUCUUUGUGGGCCUGGCUUCUGGCCCCAACCCAGCUUCACAGAACAGGAGCGGCCAGCUACAGAUUCCAGAAGGCCCCUCCCCACCCCUGAGCAGAAAUCAUCUCCUGUCUUUCCCAUCACCACAGCAGAAUCCUUUUUCCUUCUGUUUUGUCCUCUUUCUAGAAUCAUCCUGGUACUUGUGGGAUACGGGGGGGAUGGGAGGAGGAUCAGAAGAUCUUAGCUUACCAGAGGCUUACUUUGUUAGACCUUUCUUCCCUUCGAUACCCUGCCUCCUGUGGUCCUAGCUGGCACUGGCUCCUGCCCUGGGGUUUUGGUGCCCACACUGAAAAGUUGGGACUCCAUGAAGCCCUGCUUCCCAUGAGCCAUUCUUUCUGUUCCUAACAGUUUACGAGGAGACAGAUGGUUUGUAUAGUCAUCAGAUCCAGUUGUCAUGGACCCAUGCCUGGAGAGCUGGACAAAGGCUUUCUGUGUGACCUAAGCCAAAUACUUGGCUCUAAACAGGUGUCCAUGGGCAAAAACAGUGACCCACUUGAAGAAAACCAACUGUCCUCCCAAAAGCACAAAGCACCCAGUGUCCCUUGGGUGUCACCUGUCCGUUCCCCAUCAGUCAGCCUUUCUGCCAUAGAGGACUAGAUAGCCAUGCUGGGCUCGGCUGGGCAGUCAAGGCAGGGUAUUGGGGAAGGGGUAGGGGUGGAGGGUUCUAAUGGUGCUGAGGGAGGAGUGAAGGGAAAGGUGUGGAGGGGCAGAGGCUGGUCCUAAGAAAAGUAUAACAGUGGCUGAGAAAAUAGUUUUGAUUUUUUUUAAUUGUAUGAUAUUUUGGAGGGGAGAGUAAAAUCUUGUAACACUUUGAAUAAAUUUAGAGUUUUAUAAA